GGACAACGUGAAAAGUGCACAGUCAUGGAAACGGUACGCUUUCUAUGACAACAGUGAGAUCGUCGGUAAUCUCUGACCAAGUAUCGUCCCAGCUAUCAACUUGACCAUUUCCAUUUUGUUAGACAUAUUCGUCGGUCAGCUGAAGUCGCAGUUGACCUGUUCGCACUGCGGCAACGUCAGUACCACGUUCGACCCGUUUUGGGACCUGUCAUUGCCGCUGCCGACUUACUCGGCUACCUCUGGUCGAAGCGUGAUGUUGUCGGAAUGUUUCGACGCAUUUUCCAAAGAGGAGAUGCUGAAAGAUGAAGAGAUGCCGGUAGGCUGCGCCGUUUUUUAUUACCUUACGCCGAUCUUUAAUCACUAG